AUUAGAGGGACAAUUUUGUAGUUCCCGCAAAUCUGCUAAUACCUCACUCACUCACUCGCCAAAAGUCUCGUAUUUCAUUGCGACGACCUCCAAGAACCUUUUGCCCUGCAACAAAACGCACAGACUCACCUCUCAAUGGCGGGCUCAGAGAGCGCCAAAGGAGAGACGACCUUGCGAUACGCUUUUGGAAAUGUUCUGUCCUUUUUUAUCCUUAUUUUGAUCGGCGUUCUCGCUUUCUCGAUCCGUCUAUUCUCUGUGAUAAAGUAUGAGAGUGUUAUCCAUGAGUUCGAUCCUUAUUUUAAUUACAGAGUCACUCAGUUUUUAACAAAGAAAGGGAUAUAUGACUUCUGGAAUUGGUUCGAUGACCGAACCUGGUAUCCUCUUGGCCGUGUGAUUGGUGGAACUGUUUAUCCUGGCUUGACCUUGACUGCAGGAACACUCUGGUGGCUGUUGAAUUCUUUGAAUAUUCCUUUAUCUGUCGAGACUGUUUGUGUAUUCACUGCACCAAUUUUCUCUGCAUUCGCUUCAUGGGCAACUUAUCUCUUGACCAAGGAAGUUAAAGGUGCUGGUGCUGGACUGACUGCAGCGGCUAUUUUGGCCAUGGUUCCGUCAUAUAUAUCUCGGUCAGUGGCUGGCAGCUAUGAUAAUGAAGCUGUAGCUAUAUUUGCUUUGAUUUUCACCUUCUAUCUUUAUUUAAAGACAUUGAAUACAGGAUCCCUCUUCUAUGCCACUUUAAAUGCCCUAGCAUACUUCUACAUGGUUUGCUCAUGGGGAGGAUACACCUUUAUAAUUAAUCUUAUCCCAAUGCAUGUGCUUUUAUGCAUUGUGACUGGUCGGUACUCUUCUCGGUUGUACAUUGCGUAUGCUCCUCUUGUAAGUGUGGUCUUGGGAACUCUGUUGGCUGCAUUGGUGCCUGUUGUAGGUUUUAAUGCUGUCAUGACAUCAGAACAUUUUGCAUCAUUUUUGGUUUUUAUAAUCAUCCAUGUCGUGGCUUUUGUGUAUUAUAUCAAAGGAAUUCUCUCUCCAAAUAUGUUUAAAGUAGCUGUUACCCUUGUUGUAUCUGUUGGCCUGGCAGUUUGUUGUGCUGUGAUGGCAGUUCUAAUAGCGAUGGUAGCUUCCAGCCCCACAAAGGGAUGGAGUGGACGAAGCUUGAGUCUGCUUGAUCCAACCUAUGCAAGCAAGUAUAUACCAAUCAUCGCCAGUGUUAGUGAACAUCAACCCCCUACAUGGCCAUCUUACUUCAUGGACAUUAAUGUUUUGGCAUUCUUGGUUCCAGCUGGGAUUAUUGCUUGCUUUCUACCUUUAUCUGAUGCAAGCUCCUUUGUUGUCCUUUACAUUGUGACUUCUGUAUAUUUUUCUGGAGUCAUGGUGCGUCUGAUGCUUGUACUUGCUCCAGCAGCAUGCAUAAUGUCUGGAAUUGCCCUUUCUGAAGCUUUUGAUGUCUUCACACGGUCAAUUAAGUUUCAGCUACCAGGAGUAUCUGGGAAUUCCAGAGUUGGUUUGGAGGAUGCUAGUUCAAGUACUGUUGCGGUGCAAAAUGAUGCAGGAAAGACAGAGAAACCUGAAGAUAUAGCAAAGGAACGACCUUCAAAAAAGAAUAAAAGGAAAGAAAAAGAGGUUCUGGAGAGGCCAUCCAUUAGAACCAGAAUUCAAAAUAGGCUUCUCGUUUUACCUUUAGAGGCAUCUAUUUUUGGUAUUCUAUUACUUGUGUUGCUUGGCGCCUAUUAUGUGGUUCAUUGUGUCUGGGCAGCAGCAGAAGCUUAUUCAGCUCCAUCUAUUGUAUUGACUUCUCAUACACAUGAUGGUGGUUUACAUGUUUUUGAUGAUUUUAGAGAGGCUUAUGCAUGGUUAAGCCACAAUACAGAAGUAGAUGAUAAAGUCGCAUCGUGGUGGGACUAUGGUUAUCAAACAACUGCUAUGGCUAACCGAACUGUUAUAGUUGACAAUAAUACCUGGAAUAAUACACAUAUUGCAACUGUUGGAACUGCCAUGUCUUCUCCUGAAAAGGCAGCUUGGGAAAUCUUUAACUCCUUGGAUGUAAAAUAUGUACUGGUUGUCUUUGGAGGUCUUGUUGGCUACCCCAGUGAUGAUAUCAAUAAGUUCCUGUGGAUGGUUCGUAUAGGAGGGGGUGUGUUCCCUCAUAUCAAAGAGCCUGAUUACCUGAGAGAUGGCCAGUAUCGGAUUGAUUCUCAGGCUACACCAACCAUGUUAAACUCUCUCAUGUACAAACUUUCAUAUUACAGGUUUGUGGAAACCGAUGGUAAAGGCUUCGAUAGAGUGAGGCGAACAGAAAUAGGGAAGAAAUAUUUCAAACUUACGCAUUUUGAGGAGGUAUUCACAACACACCAUUGGAUGGUUCGCAUAUACAAAUUGAAACCACAGAAGAACAGGAUCCGAGGAAAGGCCAAGAAGAAAUCGAAAACAAGCUCAACUCCUAGCUCCAAACGAAGCAGAGCUAGUAAAAGGAAUCCGUGGCACUAAAUAAUUUUUUUUACAGGCUAAUGUUCUUAGAUAUCAGUAUUCAUAUACGAUUUGUAUGCAAGAGCAUUUGGAGGUAAUAUUUGCAGGCGUGAUUGAUCAUUUUCCUUAUGAGAUGCAAAUGGUAGAUCAAAGAUUUUGCAGUUGUUCAAAUGACCUUGUAGUUUUAACGAACACUAAUCAAUUUUGCAAAUACAGAAUUAAAUUCUCCACAA